AUGAAGCUCUUUUCUUCCAGAAACCUUUUUUCUGUUAUAGUUUCUCAAAAACCCAUUUCUGAAAAUCAAAAGCAUUUCUUUUUGUGGUUAAAGCUUCAUCUGAAGCAUCGAAAGAUGAAGAGUAUGAGGAAUGUGAAGUACGAGGAAGCAUUAGAGAAAUUUGAGUCAGUUUUGGGAACAAAAUUAGAGCCUAAUGAAGCAGCAGUGGCAGGUUUUGAACUCCCACGCUGCAAACAAUGUUCCCACAUCCACAAUUGCCAUGGUGCAACAACAACAACAUCAAGUUGCACAGAUGUAUCCACAAGUUCAUCUUUCACAUUAUGCUAAUCGUAUUCCCCUAUCGUCAGUUUCUAUCUCCGGUCUAUGUACCGCACAUGGCUGUGCCGGAAUACUCAAACAGUGAUCCCUAUCCUCAUCCUACGAAUGGAAACUAUGUAUUGAUGCCUAGAGGCGGUUCCCAUGUUAA